AUCGGAGAAUGACAUACUUCCUGUGCGUCACGUAAUAACACAAUGGAAGCUAAUGGAGCUGCUAGCCAGUUUUGUUUACAUUUUGAGCUGAGUAAAUGACUACCUGGAGAAACAAUGUCUUCGCUUUCAUCUCAGAGAGAGUUCACCAACGAGCCUUCACCUCCUGCUGAAGAAACAUUAACAGACAUUAAAGAAAUCAUAGUAAAAUCCGAGGAAGAGAUCGAGGCCAGCUUGGAUUUCAGCGAAAAAACCCAACUACCCGUAAAACGUUCAGACGUCCAACAUCACGAUGUUAAGAAGGAGGAGGAUUUUUCUGACCAGGAGGAACCAGAGCCUCUGACAAUGAAAGAAGAACAGAGUGAGCCACAACAUCUGCAGAUAAAAGAGGAAGAGAAUGAACUCAGCAUCGGUCCGGAUGAAGAACAGCCUGUGGUGAAGAAGCAGGAGAUGAAAACCUUUCCUGCGUCUCCUGCCGGUGUAGAAAUAAGCUGCAGUGAACCCGAACCAAUCGGGGAGCAACUCGUCUCUCAGGACGGCUGUGAUGCUGAGAACCGAAAUCAGGAAGAAAGCAAUGAUGAAGACACAGAAAUAAGCAGCGAUGAAGAAUCGAAACUAAUUAAGAGACGUCCGAAAACCAGACGGUAUGGGAACAAUUCUGACAAAUUAAAACAAAAAGAGAAGAAGAAAAGUCACAAGGAUAAAAGUCUGUAUUCAUGUACGGUGUGCGAUAAAUUGUUCUCUCAAAAGACUCACUUGAUCUACCACACGAGAACGCACACAGGUGAGAAGCCUUUCUCAUGCAAGUUUUGUGGAAAGUGUUUCAGUCGAGAAAGUAUUGUGAACAACCACCUGAGAAUCCACACAGGCGAAAAGCCCUUCUCGUGUCUGACCUGUGGAAAAAGUUUCACUCUCAAACAUAAGUUAACGGAUCACAUGAGAAUUCACACAGGUGAGAAACCUUUUCCGUGCAACGCCUGUGAUAAAUCUUUUAACCUGAAAAGCAAUCUGAAGCAGCACAUGAGAAUCCACACGGGCGAGAAGCCCUUCUCGUGUGUGACCUGCGGUAAAAGUUUCAGUCAAAGAAGUCAAGUGACGCUUCACAUGAGAAGUCACACGGGCGACCGACCUUUCUCGUGCGCGACCUGUGGGAAAAGUUACAGCCACAAAGGUCACCURACUGAUCACAUGAGAACUCACACGGGUGAGAAGCCAUUUUCAUGUCUGACAUGUGGAAAGAGUUACAGUCAGAAAGGCCAUUUGACAGUUCACAUGCGAAUCCACACAGGUGAGAGGCCGUUUCCGUGUAGCACAUGUGGAAAAACCUUCAGUCGAAGAAGUCGUCUAAAAAAACACGCGAGAAUUCACACAAGAUAGGAGGAGUCCUGUGUGACCUGUGGGAAGCGUCUCAGUGUAAGGAGCCAAGAAGCAUUUUUUACAUCUCCUCACAUAUUUCUUCUAAUUUUGCUUUUUGGUUCUUUAAUGUUUCAGAUUGUAGCAUCCGUGUCUGAACAAUGUUCACUUGAGCUGAUGGUUAAUAACACAUCUCUAAUGAAUGUGUCUUCAGGACAAUUUUGUGUUGUAUACACUCAUAGAGCUGCACGGAAAAAAUUAAAACUACUGUUUGCUCACACACACACACAUAGGUUCACUUUAGAGUGACAUUAGGUCAUACUAAACAAAUUCAAGCAUAUCUAAAUAAACACCAGCUUAAACUUCUCUCCUACUAAAGUUUAACAUGAAUGGAACGGCAACUACGGAGCAAAAUUGGGGCCAUGAAGUUUGUUCAAAAGAAAAAAAAAUGUAACUAAAAUUUGAAACCGAAAUUCCUCUGAUAUCACAUGAAGAAUUUUAGGUUUUGGUAGCAAAUACCUUUUUUGUCAAUUUAAACUAAAUUUAAAUGUAUUUCAACUAAAAUCUGGAAUGAAAUCUUUGUUUUUAAAGGAAAACAAGAAUAAAAAUGCUUUCUAUUUAUGAUAAAUAAUAACUUUGGUCACAUACUAUWUGUGACCUUUACAUGAGAAACUUUAGCUUACUACUUUAAUUUGUUUUUACAGCGUAAAUUUAACAACAAACUUUAUGUUUGUGAUAUUUUUUUUGUUCAACAAGAAAUGUGAUUAAAUAUUUGAGAGGUUCUAACAAAUACCAGAUAUGUACUUUCUGCAAAUUACCAGUACUUUUAUUAACGUUACCCUAAAAUUUUAAAGAAAUCUUCUAAACAAAUGWUCAUUUUAUCAAGUAUCCUCCACUACAUAUGCACUGUUUAUCUUAAAUAAUCGAGUGUUUCUUCCAGUUCCAUCAUUUUUCCUAAAUUUCUAAAUAUUUCCAUGUUAUUAGUUUUACUCCAUGAUUUAUAAGCAACCAGAUAGUUAAUUUAAAUUCAAUUGGUUAAAAGUUGUAUUAUCUUAUAAUCUGAAGCUAAUUUUUUCAGGCCUACGGUUUGGAUUAAAAUCUACUUUUAAUCUGCUUUAAACACAGAGUGCCUCACAAACUAAGCAGUAAUAUUUAUUCUGCUUUCAAAAAUAUUUACAUAUUUGGACUAGUACACUAUUUUGAAGAGAAAGGUAGUUUAUCAAUAAGUAAAUAAAACUUUGUUUAGAACCUUAUAGAUCACUAAGUGCUGAACACAAAAAAAACUAAACAUUAAACAUAGCAAAUCACAUGAUAUGAGUUUUUAAGAUGGUCGGCUCUGUGUCUCGUUAAAACUGUGAGCACAUCGGUUUAUGGUGAUAUUUUUAUGUUAAAAUGACAUGCACAUAUUGACAAAGGUAUUGGUUCGCACUGCUACUAACAGUUAGCCUUGUCACUGAGCACAAGACUCAGCGAAUCCACUGGUUCCCACUUUGCAAAGUCAGCAAACUUAAACUGGCUGUGACCUCAUGAAGAGUUCAGAGGUAAACGUGUAAAAGUUUGUAAUUAUGUCUCAUUUUCCAUCUUGGUUGUUAAAUGCAAAAAAAGUUGAUGACAUUGUUAUGUUUAUGUAACUUUGCUUUACAGUAUGUUACAAAACAACCACAGCACUGUACUGGAGUCCAGUUGUAUUUGUAGGGUUUUAUUUAUGAAAUAUAAAAAUAAAUACUAAAAAUCAU